GUAAAAAUGUAGAUGGGAGGGAGGGGGGGAGGAGGCCAGUCAGCUGGGUGGACCACAACACUGUGGACGGGGCACAGUAGCACCUCAGACAUGGCCAACAUUGCGAUACAGAGGAUCAAGAGGGAGUUCAAAGAGGUUAUAAAGAGUGAUGAAGCUCAAAAAUGUGCCAUAAAUGUGGAGCUUGUGGGUGAUGACUAUCGAGAGCUGAGAGGGGAGAUAGCAGGGCCGCCGGACACACCAUAUGAGGGUGCCACGUUCCAACUCGAAAUUAAAGUUCCUGAAACGUAUCCCUUCAACCCCCCAAAGGUAAAAUUUGUCACAAAAAUCUGGCAUCCAAACAUCUCUUCAGUCACAGGCGCCAUUUGUCUUGACAUCCUUAAAGAUCAGUGGGCGGCGGCCAUGACCCUGCGGACGGUGUUGCUAUCUCUGCAAGCUUUGCUGGCUGCUGCUGAGCCAGACGAUCCCCAAGAUGCAGUUGUUGCGAAACAGUUCAAAGAAAACCAUCCACUCUUUUUAGAAACUGCUCAAUAUUGGUCACAUGUACAUGCUGGAGUUCCCAAGGGCAAUAGUGAAUUUUCUAAGAAAGUUCGUCGCCUGAUGGACAUGGGUGUUGGUGAGCACCAAGCUUUGGUAGCUUUGUCGUCAUGUAACUGGGACAUGGACCGAGCCAUUGAGCAACUCUUUUCUUAGAUAAAGGGAAUGGAUGUGUUUCACCAAACACUAGGGUAGGGGACAAGCAUACCAUUACAGCGGCACUGAUAAAAUCACAAAAUCAUUUUUUGUCAUAUCAUCUUCUUUCAUGGCAUCCUAUAUACUAAAUAGGGAACCACUGUAUUGAUCUUGCUUGAUGCUGCAUUUUAAAAAUUCCAGCCAAAAUUGAUCAGAAUUUAAUACAACAUGGAUUCAGUAGCUAUCUUGGUAAUGCCAGGUGUCAGAACAGUGAUGUCCAACCAGUGGCCAGACCUUUCCAAGAGGCCUUUACCAAUUAAGGGGGAUUUUCUUUUAUUCACUUAAGUAUAUUUCAAAUUUUAUUAAGUAUUAUGUUAUCUGUAAAUUUAAAAAAAAUAAACUUACAUGCUAACAAGUUCAGUGUUCUUGUGCUUGUUUUUUUUUUCAUGUAAUAUCCUAAAAACCCAAAAAUUGCCAACAAUCAAGUGUGUCCUGCCAGGAAAGGUUGGGCAUCCCUGUGUUGGAAUGUAUUUGUGCAGGAAUGGAGGGAGAAGGUUAUGCAUAAUAUGAUGCUUAUGAAAGUACAUUAACUAUUGAGUAUUCUGUACCAUGAUUCAUGCUUUCUUUUAUUCUUUUUUGUAUUUGUUUUUAAAGGUACCCAGGUUCGGUAGGAAUCACAUUGGAAUUGUUAAGGUAAAGAUACUAUUUCUAAGAAAUUUUAAAGUUUGAAAACUGAUUUAAGCUGGGAAGAUAUAAUAUAAGGGCAUGGAAAAGACAGGGAUUGUAUAAAUUACAAGGAAAUAAGUAUACUCAGUUUAUCAGAAUAAUAAAUGGGUAAUUCAAAAGACUGAGUGCCAAAUGGUGAUGAAUAGGAUGGUUUUGAUGAAUGUUGAAGUUUCAUAAUAUACAAAGGAUACAUGAGAAAGAGUGAAAGGAAAAAUAAAAAAAUGAUUGGGAGAUGGGAUAAAGGAGACACCGAGUUAUAGAGGCAUCUCUGAUGGUGUAAAGAAUGCAUGGGGAAGUGUGAAAUGGUGCAUUUUAACAUACAGGGAAGACAUACUGUGAGAUGUGUAAGGUUUAGAUUUAUAUGUUUCCAGUUUAAGUUUGUAAAUUAUUUAAAAUAUUUUGAAUGGCUUACUUUAUGUAAGGUGUCACCCACAUGUUUGGGAGAAGGCUGGUGGAAUGGAAACAAAUCCUUUAAAAUUAAGGAAGAGCUCAUUUCUAGGACUCAGUAUGUCAAGUAAGAAAAAAUCAACUAGGCAAAUAGAAAAUAGUUUAAAAUAGCUUAGGCUGAUAAACCAAUGAUUUAUUGACUAAGAAGUGAAAUAUCCUAACAAGUACAGAUAAACCUUUCCAUUAAGCACCAAAGAAGAUUCUACUAGCUAUAUAUAGUCCAAUCAGCAGUGUGUAAGAGGGGGUCUCACAUGCUCAACCACUACACUCAUUUAUUUCCUUUAUCGAUAACAAAUUCAUCUAAUGCAAAACAUCAGUAUCACAAAGAUUAUCUAAGGUAAUGCAACUCGUUUUAGGGUUAAUAUCAUAAUCUGAGCUUAUUUGGCAUUGCAUGCAUUGAUUUCUAACUAUAAUGUUCCAUUACCUUAGUCUCUGCUUGGAGCUGAAACUUGUUCUUUCUAUAUUACACUAGAGCUGCAGCGACACAUCAGGAACAGCUUGACUCAGUAUGAACAAAUGAAAGCAGACUUUCCACUGAAUGCAAUGAGUUUGUAGAUUUAAAAGUUUCCACAUAUGAAUAUAGGAUAACUCUUAAAGGUUGGUAUUUAUAGAAUAUGUUUAUUUUUCCACAUAUUAUGUCUCAAAGAAGUACUUUGUCAUGAAUUUAGGUAGAAUGUAAAAAUAAUAAAACAAACAAAUCUAA